CUCAAAAGUCGUCGCAACCAGGUCGAUUGUCAUCCAUAACAUCACCCACAACAAUGUCCUUGGCAGACUCGCUCCUGGCCGACCUCGACGGUCUAUCAGACGAUGAGCCAGAGGUCCAGGCCCCAGCGGCCUCAUCAUCAAAGGGACCAGGCCUUAUGCUCCCCCCACCCCCUCCCAUCCGCGGCGCGCCCAGCGGCGGCUCCAGUCUGAAGCGGUCACUCGCCGACGACCUCGAGGACGAGGAUGAGGAAGCCGACGGCGAUCUUAAGAUGGAGGACGGCACGAGUGCGGUCGGAUUCGUCCCCGAGGGCGGCGUGCGUCCCACGGACGAGCUGGAUGCCGACGAGGUCGAGAGAACAGACCUGACUGGCGUGGCCGACGUCUCCAAGGUUGCCAAGCUCAUGCACGGCAAGAAGCUCAAGGAGGUGCUCGAGGGUAUCGAGCGCUACACGGCCGCGCCAACCGACAUGUCGUCUGGAUCAGGCGGACCACUUGAGGAGAACCCGGAGUACCACCUCGUCGUCACGGCCAACAACCUCAGCGUCGAGGUGGACAAUGAGAUCAUGCUCGUGCACAAGUUCAUCCGUGACCACUACGGACCUCGAUUCCCCGAGCUGGAGCAGAUCAUCGGCGACCCAUGGACCUACAUCACAGCGGUGCAGGCGAUUGGCAACAUCGAUGACCUUCAAAAGGCCGUCCUGCCAUCUCCUCCGCUGCCCCAGGCUACCAUUCUGUCCAUCACCCUCACGGCUUCUGGAUCAAGGGGCCGCAAGUUGUCCGAGGGCGAGUGGGUGACCGUCCAGCGUGCCAUGGAGGUCGCCAACGAGCUGCGUUCUGCCCGUGAGACGAUCUUCAAGUAUGUCGAAAGCCGAAUGGCAGCGGUUGCGCCCAACAUCAGCGCCAUUGUCGGCACUGGUAUCGCUGCCAAGCUGCUGGGUCUCGCUGGUGGUCUUCACGCGUUCUCGCGGGCACCCAGCUGUAACAUCAUGCUCUACGGUGCCAUGAAGCGGACACUCGCCACCUCGCACCUGGCGGCAGUUUCCCAACAACGCCAUACUGGAUUCAUCUUCCAGUCGGAGAUUGUGCAGUCUGCGGCGCUCGAGGACCGCCGAAAGGCACAGCGCGUGGUUUCGGCCAAGGUCUCGCUUGCUGCCAGAAUAGACGCCGGCAAGUCGAGCCGCGAUGGUUCGUACGGCCGCAAGCUCCUCGGGGAACUGCAGAAGAAGAUUGACAAGAUGUCCGAGCCGCCACCCAACAAGAUGAUCAAGGCGCUUCCCAUCCCUCAGGAGACUGCACGCAAGAAGCGUGGUGGAAAGAGGGCAAGGGCACUCAAGGACCAGUUUGCGCAGACUGAGCUUCGCAAGCUGCAAAACCGUAUGGAGUUCGGCAAGGCCGAGGAUGAGCUGGACAUGGACGAGGAGUCGGUGGGCCUGGGUAUGAUCGGCCAGGCCGGCAAGGUCCGCGCGCACGUCACCGACGCGAGGAGUCGCGCCAAGCUCUCGCGCGCCAACAAGCUCCGCACGCAGCUGCUCGGCAGGUCAGCCACGUCUGACUCGAGCCUCUCGGGUACGUCGACAUCGCUGUCGUUCACGCCCGUCCAGGGCAUUGAGAUUGUUACGCCGUCACUGUCCGCGGCGCAAAAGGUGCAGGAGGCCAACAACCGCUGGUUUGCUGGCGGCACGUUUACGCAUGUGCGUAAGGACAAGAGUAGCAUUCCUGGCCAGGACAAGUAGAUGAUUUCCUCGGCUGGCAGUACGAUGCAUAUGUUGAGACGAGUAUAAA